AUGCAGACGAUUCCAGGCGACGCGGUCAAGGCCUAUGUAGAGGCGGACGAGCUUGAUCGCUCGCUCACAACCUGGAUAGAGCAGAGCCUCGCACAACGAAAGAAGCGAACUUUAAGCGCACGCUCUCUUGUCCUCUACGGACCAACAGGUGCGGGAAAACGCACACGGGUGCAGCUGGCAGCACAGCGUCUGCACCUCCGGGUACACCCGGUGCACUGUGCGGCGCUGGUAUCCGCGGACUCGCCUCGCCAUGCAGUGAGGAAGCUAUGUCACCUUCUCCGCGAUGAAGCAAACGACAUCUUAUUGCUUGCGGAUAUCGGCUGGCUGAUCGAAAACGCCGUGCCUUCUGGUGCUUCGGACACCAGCUCACCCGACCGAGCGCUGCUCGGCGACAAGUCCGGAAGAUCCGUCUCUCGAAGCGAGCGGAGAACCGUCGCAGAUGCAACCCUGGCCAGCAGCGAGUUUCAUCUAAAAUCCUGGUUAUGGACAGUGCUUUGCACCGAGAUGCGAUGGCUCGGAACGGAUGAUGGGGCAUCACGUGGCCCGGGAGCGCUGAUCAUGACUUGCUGGACGCACCUGCCGUGCUGGGGAUGCGUUCAGCAGCCGGUUCCAUUGCCCACGUGGCAGCAACGAAAGCAGUAUCUUCAGCUUGCUGGAGGACCGGAGCCUCUUGCGGAUAUCACCCCAGGCUACACCUAUGCAGAACUGCAUGCGCUUCUCUGGACGCUGCGGAUGAGGCACGGCUCGGGAGUCUCGGGUGCUGCUGAUACGCACACGACUCCAGUGGAUGCGCCUGCCUUGCAUCGAGGCAUCCCGCGGGAUGCUUCGGUGCAAGCCUCGGGUCACUGUUCGAAAAAGACCCUCGACAAGACUCUGAACAUCGAGAAGCAGAUGAAUCCGGACGAAAACGAUUCUGGUGAGGAGACUACGGCGAUUGCACCAGCGUUAUCGCUCCCAGAGGAAUGCCAUGUUGAGCGUGACGCUUCGCAUGCCAUGCCCCUGGUGUUGUUGGCUUCUCGACAGGCGCGCCCUCGAAAGCAGACAGGCUUGGAUGCAGCAACUGCGGACGAGGCUGCGGCAUCCAGGGCGAGCACCGACCCCGAUGACUCAAGGGAGGCGCGGGUCCACGCUGGUUGCUGCUGUCAGCACUCAAACGGCGUUGAGGCGGCGCUUGCUAGGCAACAGAGCGCUGUCGGAGAAGACCUGCUCGACCUGUCGGAAGUUCCGCCACCGGCGAUCGUUCGUCAAGUGGGCGCCAUCCGCUGGUGGCGACGACCAGCAGCAAGAACUCGCACCCUGCCUCUCUUUGGGCGCGCGGUGCGAGAAGCGCAGCGAACUGUUCGCCAAGCCCUAGCCGAACACCUUGCCGAGGACACAGGCAGCGAGCAACGUCACCUGCGUUCCGAGCGGAAUGUUCUUGGCAUUCUUCUGUACGGAGCAACUGGUAAUGGCAAAACACACUUUGCAGAAAUGCUAGCGCAUCCCUGGCUGGACUCGGAAGCACAUUUUGCGUGGCCUGCGCUAAACAUGCUCCCCGUCCAGGCAACAGAUAUUGUUUCUGCACGUGUUGGAGAGGCUGAACGAGCGCUGCAGAGCGUCUUGACCGUUUGUGAAUCCAUGGGAAACUGCGUUCUCUUCAUUGAUCACAUUGAGAUGCUGGCGGCAGCGAGAGAUGGCCCUUCGAGCACCCAUGGUGUGCAUGAGCGCCUCCUCAGCAUUCUCCUCCAGUACUUGGAUGGUUUCUACGCACGUCGUGGAUGCCGUCGUUUUGGUUUUGUCGUUGCCACCGACGAGCCGAAGCGACUGGAUCGAGCGCUCCUGCGACCGGGACGUCUGGAUCUGCACAUCGAGCUGCCAACACCGGAUGCGCUCACUCGGAUGGAGGCGUUCAAGUACCAUCUAAGUCGCGCUAUGGACCAGGAUGCGUUACCUGCUGACAUUGGAGAGCACGCUUCUGCGUUUGCGACGGCAACGAGCGGUCUCGAUAUGGCUGGGGUGCGUCAGGCCGCAUCCGACUGGGUAUGGGAUCUCUGUCAUGCUACAACGCACUAUGUGUCCGCUUGA